UGGCUAUAAAGAAAGAACAAGCAAUGCUGUGAGAUACAUCAACAACAACAACAAAAACAGAAGUUUCUGGAGAAGUUCAGUAAGUCUGGCAGCAUCUGUCAAGAAAAAACUCAGAGUUAACGUUUUGGAUCCGGUGACCCUUCCUCAGAACUGUGAGAUACAUCAAUUGUCAGGAUGGGUUUUAUUUAUCAUGCAACUGCUCUUUUGGCAUUAAACAUGAAUGGUUUACUUGCUGUUCUUGCAUGUUUGGAUGAGUCGAGCAGAAAUGCAACUCUUGGAGAAAGCAUCUUCCUGAAUCCAAACUACACAUAUUGUGAAAUGUGUUCAGUUGAAUGGACAUUUUCUUCAAACUCAGAGAACCGUCGCAUUUCUUCUUAUGUCAAAAACAAAGGACCAGCUUCUGAAACUGUCUUUAGUGCAUUCAAACAGAGGGUGAACAUUGAAGAUGAUGGCUUUUUUUUACGACUUCUAUCUAUUCAGUUUAAUGAUACAGGAAAAUAUAUUCGAACUUUCACAGCAUCAGAUGGAAUGGAAAGCUGUGUAAGCAUAAUAAUUAAUGUAUAUGCAGAAUCCGAAGUAAAGACGUUUGAGGUAAACCAGUCAAAUGCAGAAGUCCAUAGCUCAAGAAUAAUAACACACAUUUCAGCAUCAGUUGUUGGAUCCAUAUUUGGAGUGAUAAUCUUGGUUCUGAUUAUCUGGAUUGUAAUGAAAUUAACUAGAAGAAGAGUAGCAUCAGGAAAAAAAAGUUCAUUAUCGAUCCAGAUGUCAUCUUAUCCAAUUUAUGGCAAUUGGAAAAACCCAACAUAUGCUUGAAAAGAAGAAUGAAAGAGACAACCUGAUAACACGUUUGAUUAUAUCACUUGCCUAAAUGUCGCAAAUGAAAAUGGCAUACUUUGACAGGAAAUUUUGCAGACAAAAGUUACCGUGUGACAACAUUUUAUGCAUUCAUUUUCAGUAAUCAUGUUUGUAAUUUCCUUUAGGUGGUAGUUUACCUCAUUGCUAAACCUAAACUAAGGAAUGUAUUACAAAUCACUGAAACCUGGUAGUCAGUUUUGAAUUUGAAAUACUUUAAAGUUAACUUGAAUUCAUUUUGAAUAAUCUGACUGACAUACAAUAUUUACAUUUUGUUCAAUUCAGAAUACUUAAUAUUCAGCACAAUAUUUCUUGUUACAUGCACACCAGUUCUAUGUCGGCCCAACACAGUGGUAAGCUGUUUGUAUCUGUUGCUGGAAUCACAGAUAGACAGUUUUAUUCAAGUUCAUUUUGUCUUGUUUAAAUAGCCAUCUUAUGGUGGCUAUUUAUCUGCUUUUUUUUGGUAACCUUCAGACAUCUGGCAUAGUGGGAUGGGUGUGCUGGAUGUAUGCCAUGCACUUAAUGAUGUCUAUUUGAUUAAGAAAAUAAAUGCAGGGCUAGGGGACAAGGCAUUGUGUGGGGCACAGUGGGUUUAACAUCCUCUUGCACUGUAAACAUUCCAUGAUUCUGCCAACUAACUUCAAGGUCAAUUCUAACUCAGAAAGAGAAUUGCUGAUGGGUGUGGCAGUGUGGGUAGGGUGGAGUGAGGGAGAUGUUAGCUGUGGGAGUUGCAGGUGACAAACUGUUGAACCCUCUGAACAUAGAACAUAGAACAUUACAGCGCAGUACAGGCCCUUCGGCCCUCGAUGUUGCACCGACCUGUGAAACCAAUCUGAAGCCCAUCUAACCUAAACUAUUCCAUUAUCAUCCAUAUGUUUAUCCAAUGACCAUUUAAAUGCCCUUAAAGUUAGCGAGUCUACUACUUUUGCAGGCAGGGCAUUCCACGCCCUUACUACUCUCUGAGUAAAGAACCUACCUCUGACAUCUGUCCUAUAUCUAUCACCCCUCAAUUUAAAGCUAUGUCCCCUCGUGCUAGCCACCACCAUCCGAGGAAAAAGGCUCCCACUGUCCACCCUAUCUAAUCCUCUGAUCAUCUAGUAUGUCUCUAUUAAGUCACCUCUUAAACUUCUUCUCUCUAACGAAAACAGCCUCAAGUCCCUCAGGCAUAAGUACUUGAAAUUCUGCCUCCCUGGCCUCAGUUACACACCCUGAGUGGUAAUCCCACCCAAAGCCAGUGAGAAAGAUAUCACUGCAGACAGAUGGGUGUCAAAAUUCUUGGGUAUUCGGAGAGCUGGGAAACAAAGAUUGCUUUUGAUUGCAGCAAAGCUCAGGAGAUAUCGGCCAAAAAUUUGACUGUAAAUUAUUCUAGGCUUAAAUGAUAAGGUGCAGUGUGUUUCAUUUGUAACUUAUGAUUAUUUAUGCCCAUUCAGCUCACUGAACAGAAUAAUAUGUGGAAUGAGAAAGGAACUUUCAACUCAUCAGCUCAUUAUUUCUUCCAGUGUUACAAAACCUGUCCUCUUCUGGGUCUUACUUCACUUGCUCACAGAGAUACUUGUACCAAACAAGUCGGAUUAAUAAUUUUUUGUUUUUUAAAAAAAUAAUACAUUAAUUAGUUCAUUUACUUUAUGCAAGCUACCAAAUCCACUAAAAUAGUCCACAGGGAAAUUCACAGUCAUGAAUUUAUCACAUUUCCUGCAGAAAACAGUUCCAAGCCUUUGCUUUCCCUCAAGUAGCUUCUGCAAAAUUUUUACUCAUCAUCCACAAAUUUGAUAAAAUUGCCAAACUAUCACACAACACCCAAAAACAUCACAUAAGUGCAAUGUUCUCUAUUGACCCUGCAAACUCUGCUGGAUCAGCACUAAAAGAUAUCAGCAUUUCCAAUCCUGGAAAACUUGGAUCAUUGAUUUUAGCAAAUUCACAUUGAUGAACUCUCAAGUGUUACUCAAUCUACUUCCCCAGAAUAAAAUAUGAAUCUUUCAUGACAACAACGUUAUGACUGAAUUUGGAGGGGUGCACUAAUCCCAUCUGUUCCACUGGUCAUAACAUGUUUUUGAUUCAACCAGGUUGGUAAAAUGGGGAAUCAUAUUGGUUUUAGACUGUAUUGAUGUACCAAUUGGUACAGUAUGGUCAGUAUUAAAAACAAGUUAGCAUGUAUUUAAAACGGUGGCUCAGUAGUUAGCACUGCUGCCUUACAGCAUUAAAGACCUGGGUUCAAUUCCACUGCCAAGUGACUGCUUGUAUGGAGUUUGCACAUUCUCCCCGUGUCUGCGUGAGUUUCCUUCAGUUUCCUCCCACAGUCCAAAAAUGUGCAGGUUAGGUGCAUUGGCCAUGCUAAAUUGCCCAUAGUGUCCAGGGAUGUGCAGGUUAGCUGGGUUAGCCAUGGGAAAUGCAGGGUUAUAGGUAUUAGGUGGGAUGCUCUUUGGAGGAUCAGUGUGGACUUGAUGGGCCGAAUGGCCUGUUUCCACACAGUAGGGAUUCUGUGAUUAAAAACUUACCUGAACAAAGAUAAUUGAGAAACAGAUUUGAUUUUAUAUACCUUUUUUUUAAAGAAAAGGAAACUAACAUACACAAACAUACUCAAGCCUGGCAAAAGACAAAUAAAAAUGAAAAUUCUGCAGAUUAUUUAAAGUAUUUUGGUCAAGUAAAUUUUACUCUAAUUAGAAAAGGAUAAGUCACUCAUUGUCCUAAAUGGUAUUCCGUGCUUGAAGUUGUUCUGCAUCCACAAGCUUCUGGUACUGGUGUGUUUCCCUGGAACAGUUACAGCUGGCUGAAAUCUUUUUGCUGGAGACAGUGAGUAGUUUCCAAAAACCCAUCACUAGAAGUUCUCCAUGAAUGAUUAAACUGAUUUCAGGUGGGCUUUCAACUCGCAUACUUUGCUGAGAGGUAUUGCAGACAAAGGCUGCAAUGGACUAUUACUUCUCAGACAGGCCUUAACAUUUCUCCAAAAUAAACAAGAACUACGGAUGCUGAAGAUCUGAAACAUAAGAAUCUGAUGAAGAGUCACUGGACUGGAAAUGUUAACUCUGCUUUCUGUCCACAGAUGCUGCUAGACCUGCUGAGUUUCUCCAGAAAUUUCUGUUUUUUUUUCUCAAGUUUUCUGAGUUCAGAAAUAUAACAGUCUUAUUCAACACACAAACUAGGCCAUUUUCUUUUAAUGUUUUCCAAAGUAAGAAGACAUCCAAGCUAUCAGUUCCUUUCAGCUACAAAGUUGAUAUUAUUGUGCCUCUGCCUUCUCUUUCACAAAGUGUCCUUUGUUUAAAGGUUCAAGAUAUAUUUUCAUUAGUCCAUGUGAUCUUUUUUAAAAAUAUUUUUGUAUCACAUCUCUUCGUAAUGGUGAUUUGUAUGGUGUUGAAAUAUUGAUUAUUUUCAACAAAGCUAAUUUCCAUAACAUUUUUGUUGAACAUCUCUCACUAAAACAAAAUGUAGUACCAAUCUUAUGUAUUAUGGCUUUUAUCUGUUAAAUUUACAAUUCAACCAAAAUAAAAAGAAAAUGAACAUGGCUGGGUUCCUGAUCCAACUUGUGGUUGGUGGACUUGAAGCAGUAACAGCUCUGUAAUUUGGCAUAAGAAGUACACUUUUUACUUUGUCAGUAAAACAGUGAAAAUAGUGCUGGGAUGAUAUUUUCAAUGUUUAGCACCAUUCUGGUGAACCAAAUUUGCAUGUUUUCUUUCAUGUGGAGGAUGCAUCUUUGUUAAUUACACAUGGAGAGGCAAAUAAAUUAACAAUAUGAAUAAAGCAGAAUGAGUCCUAGGUUGCGCUACUUAAAGGAUCAAAGAAUACAUUGUAACUGGGAUGUUUUUGACUUGCUGAAAUAAACAUUUUGGAAAUA